GGGCGGCGGGCAGCGGCGCGGCGCCUGACCGCACGGCUCCGCUCCGCGCCCGAGGAUGCUUGGGGGGCGAUGCCCGGCGACAGGGAGGACGAGAUCUGCCAGAAAGCGCUGCAGCUGCUGGCCGAGCUGUGCUCCGUCGGGGCGGUGGAGAACGAGAAUUGCCGGGAUUUCAUCUACUACCUGCGGGACAGAGCCCGGCCCCGCCUCACCGACUCAGAUAUCUCAAUAAGCUUGCUUUCCUUAGUUGUCACAGCCUGUGGUCUUGCUCUAUUUGGUGUGUCCCUGUUCGUGUCCUGGAAGCUUUGCUGGAUUCCUUGGCGAGAACGUGGCCUGCCAUUUGGGAACAAAGACAAACAAGAGUCCCUGAACUACACAGAUACAGAGACCAAUGACCAUGACUACAGCGAGGAUUAUCUUGGUCAGCCAACAACCUACCCAGAGUCCUCCAUGAAGAUCAGCCACACCUCUCCUGAUAUUCCAGUAGAUGCUCAGGCAGGGACAAAGGAGAACUGUGUACACAAUGCACGAAUGCAUCGUCAGAUCACUGAACCAACCUCUUCUGCUCGGCAUAAUUCAAUCCGAAGACAGCUCAACCUCUCCAAUCCCGACUUCAACAUCCAGCAGGUUCAGAAACAGGAGCAACUGACUGGAAUUGGCCGCAUUAAGCCAGAGCUUUAUAAACAGAGAUCUGUGGACACGGAUGAUGGCCGGAGGAGUAAUAGCAAGGCAUGUGGAAAACUGAACUUUAUUCUGAAAUAUGACUGUGAUUUGGAGCAGCUGAUAGUGAAGAUACACAAGGCCAUCAACCUGCCAGCAAAGGACUUCUCUGGAACUUCAGAUCCAUAUGUGAAGAUAUAUCUACUUCCUGACAGGAAAACAAAACACCAGACUAAAGUGCACAGAAAGACCCUAAAUCCAGUAUUUGAUGAAGUUUUUUUAUUUAGUGUUCCAUACAAUGAUCUGAAUGCACGGAAGCUCCAUUUCUCUGUCUAUGACUUUGACAGAUUCUCCAGGCAUGACUUGAUUGGCCAAGUGGUAGUGGAUAAUUUUUUAGAUUUGGCAGAUUUUCCCAGGGAAUGUAAUAUUUGGAAGGAUAUUGAAUAUGUCACCAAUGAUAAUGUGGAUCUUGGUGACCUGAUGUUUUCACUCUGCUACCUUCCGACAGCUGGUAGACUAACUAUUACAAUAAUAAAGGCAAGAAAUUUAAAGGCAAUGGAUAUCACGGGAGCAUCAGAUCCCUACGUGAAGGUUUCUUUAAUGUGUGAAGGAAGGCGACUAAAGAAAAGAAAAACUUCCACCAAGAGGAAUACCCUUAAUCCCGUUUACAAUGAAGCCAUAGUCUUUGACGUCCCUCCAGAAAACAUUGACCAAAUUAACUUGUCGAUAGCUGUUAUGGAUUAUGACCGUGUAGGUCACAAUGAGGUCAUUGGAGUAUGUCAAGUAGGCAACGAUGCAGAAAGUCUAGGUCGUGACCACUGGAAUGAAAUGCUUUCAUAUCCUCGGAAACCCAUUGCCCACUGGCAUCCUCUUGCAGAGGAAUCAAGUGGGGGAGGGUGUCCAGCGCAUCCAGGCUGUGCAGAGAAAUAUAUACACAGCAUAUCAUUUUGGUUCCUGAAUCAGGAUUAGACUCAGCGAGAGCUUCUGGAACCUCUGUGGCCACAACCAUAGGACCCUGAAUAUUGCUGAAUAGAACCCUCAGUCUUCAACUGUGUGAAGAGCUAUUGGUUUCAAGUAGUGCAAUGUUAUCCACUUGUAGCAUUAGUUCUCCAGCUGACACUACUGCUACUGAUAGAUUUUUUUGUAUGGUCAUAAGCAUUACCCAAAUUCAAGUCAAAUGUUUUGUUCAUUAGAAUAACCCAGGUUUUACAAGCAACAUGACGGCAAUGAAAACAACAGGUAUUGGAACCAGCUUCAAAUAUGGUUAUUGUAUUUGCAAGGGAAAAAAAAGUGCAGUAUUGUAAAUGUAAAGCUAUGUGAGUCCUUUUUUCCCAAGGAUGAUUGUCAUCAGACUUUUUUGAUGACGAUCUUUCGUCUUGUUAGUGUCUCCUUUCACCUUACAUGAAGACAAGACUAAUACACUCCUUUGCAGAAAUGCUUCAAAUCCUUCAAAGCUGUAAAAAGUUCUCUUGGGUGAGAACAAGAGACAUACAGUGUUUGUAAUGACAGUGUGUUCUUUUAGAAAGAAGAUAAGCAUCUGUAUAGCAUGGAGACUGGGAGUCCUUGCUCUUAUUAGAUCAUUUUCCAGUCAAUGUUUCUUUGUUGUGUCCGUAACACUGCGAAGGGUUCAAAGAAUCUCACAGGUGGCUUUCUUUCAUCAUACACACAAGCACACACACACUCAUGCACACACACACACAUCAUUUUAAACUGCUGCUCCAAACCUAUAUAAUGCCUGUGAAGACUAUUAUUUGUAGUAGAACUGACAUUGACAGGGCUAUCGUAAAUGAUUGUACAUUGUAAAUGCUGAUGAAUUUUGACCAUUAAAAAAAAAAAAUCAAAGCACUAAAUUCUUUCACAUGAUGACAUCUAGGUCCUGGAACAAUAUUCCCUGGGAUAAAUUUUGCUUAUUAUUUAUCCAUGCAUAGGGUUAACUCGUCCUUAAUUUUUUUCUCAAGAGACUUUGAAUCAAGUUUUUACAUUAAUAUCUUUAUCUUAAAAGUGCAAACGCAAAUUAUGUGUGUAUUAUACAAUCUAGUUGCCUGCUAAACACAGGUAGGUAGCCCUUCAUAUAUACUGUUCAGGUAAGUUUAUGCACAUGAACAUUGUUUUGCAUUUUGUAUGUGUUAAAUGCUCACCAGUCAUUUUCAGUUUGUAAUUGAGCUGAAACAAAUAUGAUUAUACAGAUUCAAGAAGAUAUUUGCAAUUUUUAUCUAAAAUUAAAAAAAAUAAUAAUAAGGUUUUAUAACUUGUUAUUUGAGGAUCUUCCAGAAAACCAGAUUUGUUAAUGGGUAAAAAUGCAGUUUAAUAUUUGCAGAUCUUGGAUCUGUUGUAAAUGUGUAGUGUGGCUAUAAAGCAGAAGUCCUAAAAGUAUAGUUGUUACAAAUAAUAAUAAUAAUAAUAAUAAUUAAAAUCUCAUGCUACGUUAUGAAGAAUAUAGCUAUCACAUACAAGGACACUCCUGGCAAACUCAACAGCUCUUCAAAGCCUGACCAAGCAAAAUUUCAGGUUGGUAACAAGGCAUGUCCAGAACAAAAAAUACAAAGUAGCCCUAGCAAAGGUAUUUCAAUACACACUCAAGUGAAGCCUUAUGUCAACAGGCCAGUGAUAUAAUACAAUGCUCAUAACUGCUCAUGCAUGAUCCUCACUUCAGGCACAAUUCUGCACUGUUUACUCAGGCACAUCUCCCAGGAGCCAACACGGGGAGAUACGCGUGAACAAAGAAGGAGGACCUUUUCCUUGUAAGUGGAGAUCUUUGAUUUCCUGGAUAAAUCAGCAUAGACGCAAUCCCACCUGGGAUACAAAGCAGGCAGCUGCAUGCUUUCCCACUGCAAUCGCUAUUACCAGGGCAAUGUUAUGAACAGUAGCUUCUGUAACAAUGAAAAGACCUAUGCAGCUAGUUCAUUUUGUCUCUAUGGAACAGAACAGAAAUCUUUCUCAGAUUUGGCUCUAGUGACUCAAAAGGGCAUCAUCAGAAAAGUAAUGUCAUUAUAAUUGCUAAUGUUUUUUAUUUUAUUAUCAUGCUCAGUUCACUUAAUGCUCAAGGGGCUGGCAUCGGGAGAAUGAUUUUGAAAACAGUUUGAAAUAUUUCUAUUACAAUGAAAAGAAAAAUCUUUUUCUUUUUUAAUUCUCCUAAUUCUUGCUCUCUGACUCAUGACUUACAAGCCGUUACACAGGCUAUGGGAUUAUUUUGUGCUUUAUAAAAAUAUCUGCCUUCUCAUAGCAGUACAUAAGUGGAACAACAGCUGUUUUCUGUGCUUCUCUCUCUUCACCUUUUGACUCCACUUAAUCUAUGCUAUUCCCUAGACCUUCAAUAUUCCCAUGUUGUGGUUCUGGUGGGCCAGACAAUAGAAUUCUUGGAGGUAAUAGAGCAUCUACUGCUAAAAUACCAGUUGGAAAUGCAGUACUGUGAUCCCAUUAGUGAUCACUCUUUUCUUUUCUGAACUAUAAUCCCCAGAGGUGAAUUAGUAGAACAGCUCAUAAGAAUAAUUCCAAGCCUCCGACCCUCAUUUGUUUUAUUUCCUGUGAAGGCACAAUUAUGCUAUAUCACAACUAAAAUAAAAAGGGAAAUCCCCUAGAAAUGCAUCUUAGCAAGAUUUUAAUCCCACUUUACUCAUUAACAAUAUUCUGCUAAACUCUUAGUUUUCCAUAAGAAGCCAUAAUUUCAGAUAAGUUUUUAUGAAAAAUGUGAGAGCUUUCCAAGGUUCUGACACUGAGGUAGACUAUAAUGGGUAGUCGUGUGAAAUUCCAGGGCUAAAACACUCACAAGCACAACCCUUCUGCAGCUGAAUGUUGAAAUUCCUUUAUUCCUUUAUUUUCACCGAAGUCAGAGGACAUUAAAAGCAGAAGUAGGGACUAUCAGAACAGAAAGCAAGCACGGAAAAAAAGAUCCACCUCCCAUACUGUUCCUGCCAGUCAGUACACCUCAGCUUUCCAUACCAGCUGAUACAUAAGACAGCAAACAUUAUACAGGGGGGCAAUGUAGCUACCAGUAGCAGAACUGGUACAACAGCAAAGAGCAACAGCAAAGAAUGAAAAUAAAGACUGUCUUAGUCUAAUCUAUUCUUGGUUUGAGGGGCAGUUGAUUUGUUUUUUUUUUUUGCUUUUUAAACUCCAAUCAUUAUACAAAGCUGUAUCAACACUUAGCACCUAAAGUCCAAAGUACAAGAGGCAAAUUUACAAUUUUAUCACCUGGCACUGUUAGAGCACUGAGGGGACUUUUCUAAUAAUAAAUAAUAAAUAAUAAAAUUCCCAUGAGCUCUCUUUAUUCUCUUCCAGUCUAAAAGGAACAAACGAUAAAGGGAAAGGGAGAAAGAGGACUGGAAAUUUGCUUGAAGAGUCUUUUUGACCCACUUAGAAAUCUAUUAUAUUCAAUUACUGUUAAUGCAUUUUGGGUUUAUUUGAAGAGAAAGAAUUUAAAAAAAAAGAAUCAUACAGUAGGUGACUCAGCAUGAAGUGUUAUCAAUAAAAUGUUUUAUUCCCUUUAGAACAAUGCAUUUAAAAUAUUUACAUCUCAGUAUCAAGUGAGAAAACAAUGGCUUUCUUGUUCCGAAAGUACAAAAGCAUGUAGAGCAAAUAAUCCACCACAUUGUAGAAUUUAACAGAAGCCUCUGUGCUGAGGAAAAUAGGAGCAGGACAGACUCUGUAACAACUUCACUUUGAUUCUUGCUGUAAGUACUGCAAAGCCUUGAUUGCAACCAUAAUUCUGUUCUGAAGUGACAGCCUUAUGAUUCGUGAACCAAGCUAUGCAAGGUGUGAAUUACUGUGUAAGAUUACAGCUCACUCAGAGCUGAGCUGCUUUUAGAGUCGCCAUCUAAUACAGUGAGUUGGGCAAGGAACUCUGGCUGGAAGUACUCCAGGGUCUCGAAAGGACCUCCACCUCCUUGAAGGUCCAUGAAAUGCAGUAGUCCAGAUGGCAGAAACAGACACUAUUCAGGAAGGGUAUCACCAGGGCAUACUCAACUGCUGACUGAGCACAGCACACGUGGUACUGAAGGGAAGGUGACAUGAGAACUUGUAAGCAUCUGGGUUGUUUGUUUUGUCUGCAUUUUUAGUUAGUCUUUCCAUUGCUCAAACUUAGACAUUGUAAAACUGGAAUGUUUUACUCAGUUGCAUGCUGGCCAGCUGUCAUUUUUAAUACCCCUUGCAAAGGUGUGUAAAGAGACCUGUGUUGUUUUGGUAUACUUUCAUUUUGAAUAACACGAACAUUGUACUGUACUUUAUUAUUUCUUGUUCAAUAAAUAGUCUUGGUAUCUCUGUUUCAUGUCUAAUUUUGGAGAGCAGAGCCAUUCCCAUACCGAGGCUCUCUCAACUAGGUGGGCAUUUUGUUUGUUUAGUAAAAAUAAUGCAUGAUUCCUUUUCGCAGUGAUGGUUUGAGGGACAAAAAAUUUCUUAAUUUUAUAAUAUGUACUACAAUCUUCUAAACACACGUAAAAAUGUACUGUGAUCUAUUUAUAUAAAUCUAGUCUGAACAAGUAAUUUUGAUCUUAAUAAAAACUCUGUAAGAAA